CUGGGAUUUUCCCUCCCGGCACUGCUGUGUGCAGGUGCUGGCUUUCAGGGUCUAUGGUUUUUCAACAGACAUGGAUGUGUCCAGGAUUCUCUGGUGUACCAAAGAAUACACCAUUAAAGAGUUUGCAACCAAAUUCAAGGACUCUUUUCCCAAAAUCAUUAAAGUGACACAAGGCUUCCUGGGGAGACAAGAGCUGGACAGUAUUAGCUCAAGCACGCUUAUUCAUGUCCACUCGCUGUACUCCCAGAUGAGAGCCGUGGCAGAGUACAAGUCUGGCAAGAUUUUGUCUAUGCCAACCACCUUCAACACUGUGACAUUCUACAUCAAGAGUGGAGGCAAGCCUGGUGAGCAAAAUAGAAAAGCGGUAGCAACAGAUGAUGGUCCCUACACUCUUCAGGCAAUCCUGGAGACAUUUCCUUUGCCUGUCAGUGUCCAGCCCACAACAGUGCUCAGCUUGAACACCAAAAACCUGCAGUCCUCUGACCAGAAGCUGGACAGCCUGACUAUUACUCAGACCUACCAGGAGAUGUUCUUACUGGGGUACUCCAUCAGUAGCACAGGGACUCUGAUGGUACAGGUGCCAAUGGUGUUGCCCAUGUACAUGAAGGAUGUGAGGCUUGCCCUGGCAGAGGGGCUGGAAGGGCAGAGCCAGGAGCAGUGGGAUACCAUCUGCACAGCACACAGCAACCUUAUCAAAGAGCUGGGUCACAUGGAUCACUUCAUCUUCCAAGAUAUUACCCUACUGGAUAAGAGUGCACUGAGCAAUCAUGGCAGUGUGUAUGCAGAGCUGGAGCCUAUCUACAUGAGUAUCCAGAAGGAGGGAGCUGAGAUCGCUCUCUACCAAUGCCUGGGGGAUUCAACCCCAGAGAACAGCAGCAUAAAGGAGAAACCCCCUCCUCUCCCCUCUGGGCCUGGCCUCCCACCCCCUCUUCCUCAGAAAGAUACAGAGGUCCAAGUCCCACUUCCCACUACUUUUCAGACCCUGGCAGAGGUGCCCACAGACCUGCACGGGCUAAGCGUGGCAGAGGUCUGUGACUGUCUCCAGCUGUUAAACCUGGGCCAGUAUGCCGAGGCCUUCCAGCAUGAACAGGUGGAUGGGAGCUUCCUGUACAUGCUGGAGCCAGACAUGAUGAGCGACGUUAUGGGCAUGAAAAGUCUGCACAUUGCUAAGCUGCUGCACUUCCGUGUGGGCUGGAGGCCCAAGGAGGAAGCGGCUUCCAUAUAGAUUUUCCACCUGCUUUCAGGCUGGAGGUGAUGCUGACACAGCAGACUGCUCACUCUGCCCUGGACAGAAUUUCACAUUCUUUACACUUAAGGUUAGGAAGGGGAAUCUGGCUGUAAUCGCAGACAUUUUUCUUUUUGAGCCUCAAAAUAACCCAUGGUUGUAUUAGUUCGGAUUGCUCGGAUGUCCAGGCUUGUAGUAAAAUUUCAGUCUUUGCAGUAAUGGGAUAUGCUAGGUGUUUUCAACCAUAGCCACAAUCACCGCUGAGGGUCUUAAGGAUGGGAUUGGCGAGCAAAAAUUUCAGAACCUUGUGGAAUACACUCCAUAUCCCAUUCAAUCAUUAUUUAUUCAGUGAGGAUUCCUUCUAUUUUGAUCAGUGAUUGUGAGAUUUAUUCACCACUGCAAUGUUUGUGUCUUGUACUCUAUUGCUGAAACUGGAGCUUUUGAUUUACACUACAAUUUAAUAACCUAUGCCCUGUUCUUUAUUAUUUUAUUAUGUUAAAGUACUGCGUUAUAUUUUAUAUAUACUCUGUUUUUUUUUCAUUUUGUAAAAUGAUUUGGUUGUUUUGACUGAAAUCACCUUGGUUACAUUCAUGAGCUUAAUGAGUCAAUAAUGUUAAUACUGUUAUGUUAUACACAAUCAUGGUAAAGAUACUCAUAUUGGUCAUUUUAUGGCUGCUGAACAUUCUG